CGGGGAGCCCAUCAUGGCGGCUCCCAGCGGCUGCCGGCCGCAGCCCGGCGGGCAGGGCGGCUGCGGCGCCGGGGCCGGGCCGGCGGCUCUGCGGGGCGCCGAGGAGGACGCCGAGGGGCUGUACGUGGCGGUGGAGCGGUGCCCGCUCUGCAACACCACGCGCCGCCGCCUCACCUGCGCUAAGUGCGUCCAGAGCGGCGACUUCGUCUUCUUCGACGGUCGCGACUCCGAGAGGUUUUCAGACAAGAAAGAAAGGCUGAUGCAUCUUAAAACCAAACAGAGAGAAUUCCAAAAGCAUGUUUUGAAGGCCAUGGAAGGGAAAGAGAUAACUGAUCAGCUGAGAUGGAAAAUAAUGUCUUGCAAGAUGAGGAUUGAGCAGCUGAAACAGACCAUUUGCAAAGAAAAUGAUGAAAUGACAAGAUAUGCAGAGGGGCUUCUCAGAAUUAAAGAGGAGAACCAGAAGCAUUAUCGCAGGGCUCAACGGCAUCAGGAGAAGAAAGAGAAGAUCCAGAGGCAUAACCGCAAGCUGGGAGACUUGGUAGAGAAAAAAAACUAUGACUUGAAAACCCAAUAUGAGCAUCUGGCAAAUCUUCGUCGGACGCAUAUCCUGGAGCUAACCUCAGUCAUAUUUCCCAUUGAAGAAGUAAAGACAAGCAUGAGAGAUCCUGCAGAUGUGUCUUCUGAGAGUGACAAUGCUAUGACCUCUAGCACUGUGAGCAAGCUUGCAGAAGCCAGGAGAACCACAUAUCUCUCUGGGAGGUGGGUGUGUGAUGAUCACAACGGGGACACCAGCAUCAGCAUCACAGGGCCUUGGAUAACCCUUCCUAAUAAUGGAGACUAUUCAGCAUAUUACAACUGGGUGGAAGAGAAGAAGACUACACAAGGACCGGAUAUGGAACAUAAUAACCCUGCUUAUACUAUCAGUGCUGCAUUGUGCUAUGCAACUCAGCUUGUUAACACUUUGUCUCUCAUACUUGAUGUAAAUCUUCCCAAGAAGCUCUGCAACAGCGAGUUCUGUGGAGAGAAUCUCAGCAGACACAGGUUCACGCGGGCAGUGAAGAAGCUGAAUGCUAAUAUCCUGCACGUUUGCUUCUCUCAGCAUGUAAAUUUAGAUCUGUUGCACCCACUGCAUACGCUCAGGAACCUUAUGUACCUGGUCAGCCCAGACACCAAGAACUUGGGCAGGUCUGGGCCUUUCGAAAUUAGUGCUGAUCUUGAAGACUCCAUGGAGUUUGUGGAUCCCAGUGCCACAGGCGAGACAGAUGAGAGCGGAGAUGAGCACGUCAGCGAUGAAGAGACAGACCUAGGGACAGACUGGGAGAAUCUGCCAAGCCCCAGGUUCUGUGACAUCCCCUCUCAGCAGGUGGAGAUGCUGCAGAGCCAGAGCACGCAGGUAUCUCAGCCCAUUGCCAGCAGCAGUGCUGGUGGAAUGAUCUCCUCUGCUGCUGCCUCGGUGACCUCGUGGCUGAAGGCGUACACUGGACAUCGCUAACGGGCAUGGGAAAAGGAUCAUAGGAUUUGUGGAAGGAAUCUCUCCCCAACAAUGCUGUAGUAAACCUUACAUAUUCAGUUAAGUAGUGCCUGGAACAAAGAAAAGGUCAGACUUUCAUUUUGUAAACCAGAAAAACCUUUUUAUUUACCCAAGACGACUGUGAUGGUACCAUUUUGUAAAUUAGCUAGCUACGGACUCUGACGGAUUCUAUGACGGCACUUUCUGUCUUGGUGCUGUCUGCAUUGUUGAGUACUGAAGAAAAAGGACUCGGCAGCCUCCAGCUCUACUUUCUGAAGAAGAAACAGGUUUUGAAGUGUUUGGAUUGGGAUGAGUACAGAGAGAAGGCUGCUCCGUGUGCAGCCUGGGCAGUGGUGCAGACGCAGUUCACAUUUUCUUAACUCCUUACAGGGUUUCCGUUUGUGUGUGUUUUAAAUCUGUCUUGCAUAACGCAAAAAAUGCGUAUUUCUAAAUUUUUUUCAUUCAGGACAUGAAAAUUUUGCAUUUUUAACAUGUUUUCUAAUCUCUGUUGCCAUAUUUUUAAUACAAAGAAACAGCGUGGAGAGAAAUUCACACAGGAAAUUGCUCUUGUUUUAGCUUCUUGUGAAUCUUUAUUCAGUUUUGCUGUAGAAAACCGGCUUGUUUCAUGCUGUUUCCAUUGGUAGGUAGUCUAGAAGUUUUGUGUUGUGCUGUCCAAAGCAAACAGGCUCUUUACUCUCAAUAUCAUACACCAAAGAAACACUGGACGUUCUCUUAGCUUAGACCCACAUUCGAUGCUGAUACUGGAUUGCAUUGUUGCAAUAAUAUUCAUCAGUUACGAUAUCACGUUGCCACUUUUUAAUAUUAGAAAAACCUCAUUUUGAGCUAGUUUAAUGAAGUUGCACGGUCUCCACACUACAUGCAUUUUAAACCCUACUCUGGUUUAUGUUGAUGGUGGGUUUUUUCUUUACUUGUUUACUAAAUGCCAAGAAGCUGAUUUCAUUUCACUGCAGAAAUGCCCACAGCGCAGCUGGUGGCUUGCUUGUAAAACUGCAGGAGGUGCGAUGCUGACAGAUGCGUUUGUUAGCAAGUGCUCCUCCACUUCCUCUGCCUUGCGGUAUGUAUGACAUAAAGAUGGGUUUGCUCAGCGAGGCUUCCAAUGUAUGGUUUACAUUUUCUAUAGCUGGGACAUUGUACUUCUCCAUGGGGUAAAGUAAUGUAAAAGCAUCCUCCCAUCCCUCCCAGAGGGAAGACUUCUACCACUUCCCUGUUGCUUCCCUCCAGUGAUGCAGCUCGUAACAGGGGCACAGCAAGGCCAUGGCAUAUGAUGCACAAGCCACAUCCCUGCCACCAGGCAGUGUCCUGCAUCUUUGAAACCCUGCUCUGGGGCUGGCUUACCUGGCCAUCUCUUGGAGUAUUUUGGAGUGGUUCUGCUCUGUUGCUUGCCAGGCCAGCUAGAGCUGCCUCCUGUCCCAAUGAUGGGGUGGAAAAGCAGUUUUGGUACCCGAUGCCUGCAUAUCUCAGUGAGCUCCGUGCCAGGGGUACUGACUGAGCAUCAUGUCUCCAGCCCCCCACCCCUCUCAUACAGCAGCUCUUUGGGUUUGGGGAUGGGAAUCUUUUGUCAAUAGUUUCUUUUAAUUUUGUUUGUUAAACCAAAGACCCUUAACUCUGCGCUAACCACAUGCAUGUUGUUAGCUAAAGACCCCCUUCAGUCUUACGCAGCCCUUUCUGAUUCCCCAUUUAUUUUGCACUGGACCCAGCCAUAUAAAUAAAUAUGUUUGGGUUUUUUCAUUUGUUUUUAAUAGGCAUUUCAGUCACAUUUUCAUUGCUGCCCUUUGAGCUACUUAGAAACCCUAAAGAUCAGGCCAUGAUUCAGCUUUGUACGCUGUCAUUUACUAGAGAAAGAAAAACCCAACACACCAACUUCUUUAAGCCAUAUACUUCAUAACCAUGUUUUCCAAUUAUUUUAUUUGUCACGCGCUGAGUGCACACUGGCACUGCAAGGGUGUUCAAAGGCAGUGGGAUGGGUCUUUCCAUCAUUUUUUGUAACAGAAUACAGUCUGGGGGUUGUUCUUUUAAAAGUGUUUUGCACAUGUGUAGCUAGGGAAGAAUUGUGUGCACCUUGAGUGCAAUCGCCAGUAUUUGUUUUCCAGGUUGUUUUGGGGAGGGAGGGCAGGAAUAUCUGUAAUUAUAGAUACCUGAAGACAAGACUGCUGAGAGUUUACACAACACUUUUGUGUAGCAUGAAUGCAGGAAUUGCAGUUCAGGCCGUGACUUUUGUCUGUGACCAGUGAUCUGGCGUGGCCAAUUUGAGCUGCCAGGGAAGAGCCUGAUGCCGAGAGCUCACACCUCUGUUGGGAAUCAGGUGCCUUCAGAUGGGCUCAGGUGGGACACCCAGGAGUUGCUUGUCACCGGCAAAAACAUGGCGCCUCUCUGCAACUUCCGAACUAGAUGUAACUAAACACAAAACGGUUUGGGUUUUUUUUCUAAAUUUUAUUGUAUUAUUGCAAUAAAUCUUUAACAGUAAUUUUUUUUU